UCAAUGAAAGUGGAAAGGAGCGAAUGAAACGCAGACCCCACACGCGCGACCCCCCCCCCCAGGUCCGUUCCCCCAACACCCUCUCACUGGACACACACACUCACCCCGAGGGAGAGAACGUACACCCCCGAAUGAACUCUCUCUCUCUCUCACUCUCUCUCCGCGCACAUGCUGAUGUGCAUGCUAUGCAUGCUAUGCAUGCUAUGCAUGCUAUGCAUGCUAUGCAUGGUGGCAAGUGGGCAUCCCAGUGAGCCGGCCGUGGCCCCUCCGGGCGCGCGCUCGGCAGCGCGUCUACUUGCACGCCGGCGGCUGCGGCGGCGCCGGGCAGGAGGGCACCGGGCCGCAGACGUUGCCGUAGAUCAGCGGCACGCCAAAGGGCUUGACCUGGACCGCGAGCAGGCCGUAGCCCGGGCCGCACUUGAUGUACCCCAGCCAGGGCUCGAAGGCCAUGUUGAGCCCGUUGAGCAGGUCGAACACGAAGCAGAGGCCCAUCCUCUUGGCCGUCCCGGGGCAGCAGAUGUCGUGCUUCGGGCAGAGGAUCCCCUUGAGCAGGCAGAUGACGUCGUGGAAGAUGGCCGACACGAGGCAGUUGACGCCGCCGAGCGUGCAGUACACAAACACGGCCACGUCCUCCAGGACCACGCACAGCUCGUGCAGCACCGAGCCGAGCACGUCGCGGACGAGCGCCGUGACGUCGCCGAGGAUGGUGCAGACCAACCACUCGACAUUCUUGAGCAGGCAGCAGGUGAAGUCGAAGAUGCCGUGCAGCAGCGCCGCGAUCUUGCAGAAGAGGCCGCGCAGGUCCACCAGGUCCCUCACCUCGCAGAGGAUGGUGCCGACAAGCGCCGCGAUCUUCUCGCCGAUCGACGGCAGGUUGAGCUUCUGCAGGAAGCAGACGACGCCCGCGAGCACGUCCUGAACGAGCCGGCCGACGUUGGCGAGGAUGCACUGCACGAUCCUGAGCGUCUUGCCGACGAGGCCGCCGACGCCGCACAGCAGCGCCUUGACGGCGCAGAAGACCUCCUUCACCGUGCAGCCCACCUCCUUGGCGAUGAACUCGAGGAAGCACCGGAUCGGCUUCAGAAUCUUCGCCACGGCGCAGCCGAUCGCCUCGAGAAGCAGCUUGACCUGAUCGAGCUCGUCCUGGACGACGCAGGCGACGCCCGAGAGGAUGUCGCUGACGAUGCCGUCGAUGCCCGGCAGCAGCGCGCAGAUCGCGGGGAAGAUCUUGUUGACCUGCCCAAGGAUCCAAGACACGCCGUGCAGGAUGGCGCCCACCAGCUUGGAGACCUCGGUGAAGAGCCAGCAGAGGAAGGUGUCGAUGCUGCCCAGCAGCUCCUCCACGAAGCAGCCGACCUUUUCCAGCAGGCCGUGCACGUAGCACAGCGCGUCGCCCACCAGCUCACAAUCUUGCUCGUCUCGCACGCGACGCCGUUCAGGAUCAUCCGGACCGCCGCGAAGACGUCGGACAGCGUGCAGCCGACGGCCUUGGCAACCAUCUCGAGGAAGCCCUUGAGCUCGGUGAAGAGAUCGCAGAGGAAGUUGCCGGAGACCUCGUGCAGGCAGAGCUUGAGCGCGCCCUUGCUGUCCACGCCCUUGCGCUGGAUGUGGCCGAAGAGGCACAGCGCGCUCUGCUCGAUGGCCGGAAACACCUUGCCGAUGGCGCAGCCAAUCUUGUCGACGGCGCCGAGGCAGUGGUGCGGGCCGCCGAGGAUGGAGCAGAGAAGCUGCUCGAUGUCGAGCAGGAGGUGGCAGAGGAAGCCCGAGACGCCGCCGAAGAGGCCCCGCAGGAAGAUGGCGACCUCGCACAGGGCGUGCCUGACCAGGCGGAAGACGUCGCCCAGGACCUCCUUGACGAGGCCCAUGGCGUCGCUGACAACCUUGCCCGUCGCAACGAGGACGCCAUCCACGACCUUCUUCGUGUCGCAGAGGAUGGUAAAGACGAUCGACGCCACGUUCUGAAGCAGAAAGCGCACCGCCGAGAAGACCGUGCACAGGAGGUGCUCGAUGUUCUCAAAGAGGCAGCGCAGGUCGACGAGGCUGGACACCUCGCGGAGAAUGCCGCCCACGAGCGCCUCGAUGCUGGCGAAGAGCUUGGUCGGAAGGAUGCACUUGAGGAGCGCGACAACUCCCUUCUUGAUCUCGGAGAGCAGCUCGCCGACAUUCUUGAGGAUGCACUCGACAAUCUUGCCGAUCGAGCCGGUCAGGUCCUCCACGCCGCCGAGCAGCGCCUGCACGGCCUGGUAGACUUCGUCGAGCGUGCAGCCAACCGUCGUCGCGAUGUUGCUCAGGAAAUGCUUGAUGCCGUCGAAGAGGUGCCCCGUGGACAGCUCCUUGAGCAGGCAGGCGACGGCCUCGAGCGAGCCGCCCGCGGCGUCCACCACGGCCUUGAAGAUGUGCUGGAGACCCUUGGCGAGGCCGGCCUCGCCCGGCAGGAGCUGGCAGAUGGCGGGACCGAUGGCAUCGAUCAGGCCGGCAAACUCCGCCAGCAGUGCAGGCUGCAUCUCGAUCUUGCCGCGAGGCACCUUCGCCGCGUCGUCGCUGAUGUCCGCGGACGGCAGAGCGAGAGGAGCGAGCUUCUUGGGCGGCGACGCGCGCGCCUUUGCGAUGUACUCCCUCGAGGGCGGCGGCAUCAGCGGCGAGCCGGGGCUGUUCUUGCUGAAAAGCGGCAUGGCUGCGAGGGUCGAAAGAGGGAGUGUGGCUGUU